AUGGGCGAUCAAAAAGCUCACGGCCGGACCACCGUUGGAAAUGCCGUCCCCGGACAACGCCAGGGCCGCGCGUGGCAGGACGAGCAUGAGCGCAAGGACUGCGAGGCCAUGACUGUCUGGGACAGAGACGAGCAUGAGCGCAAGGAGCGCGAGGCCGUAGCUGCCUGCGACAGAGACGAGCAUGAGCGCAAGGAGCGCGAGACCAUGGCUGCCUGGGACAGAGACGAGCUUUGGCCCGCCAUAAACAAGCCGCUCUUUAGUGGCUCCGACGCCAAGCGGUUUGAUGGCCGUCUCGAUAAGCUCGAGGUCCUCGCCAUCGGCGCCUUUAGUAGGGUCGAUAUGGUCCAGUAUGGCGCCGUCCAUCUUGCCCGUAAGCGCAUCGUCCGUAGGCGCGGCCUGACCAUCGAGGACCUACGCCAAGAGGGCCUUACUAUGUCUAAGCUCGACCAUCACCACGUCGUCAAGCUCGUCGCCACCUACGCGCCUCGCGCCCACGAGCUCUGCCUCCUGAUCUGGCCCGCCGCCGUCUGUAACCUAAGCGUCCUACUUGACGAUAUCGAGGACCUAAGACUUGGUGAGACUAAGGGCGACCGCAACGAUAUUGCCGAUAGGCUCCACGCCCUUUGUCUCCUUAGUUCCGACGACGAGGAGGCGAACCCCGACACCAGCAGCCGCCCCUUUGACUUUCUUUGCACCCUCUUCGGCUGUGUUGCCCGCGCUCUAGCCUACUGCCAUGCUAACGGCGUAUGCCAUCUUGAUAUCAAUCCCUCUAAUAUCCUCCUUAACCCCUGCCGCGUUUACCUAGCCGACUUUGGCAAUUCGAGGGAUAUAAGCGGCCAGCAGAACUGGACUACGACCAACGGCGUUCUUGGUAACGAAAAGUGGCGCGCCCCUGAGCUAUACGCCGACUACGGCUCUAGUAUAUAUCUUUCCGAUAUAUACUCGCUUGGCCUUGUCUACCUUAAUAUCGCCACCGUGCUUUAUAACGCCCGCCUUGCCGACUUUGAGGACGCACUACGCUACCUGCCCCGUCUCUCACUUGAUGACCGCCUCCGCGCCCGCCAGGAUAAGAUUAAGAGACACCUAGAAAAGCUUACCGCCUAUGCCCUUGGCACCCCGCGCUUUAUUCUUACCUAUGAGGGGCAAGAGACGGUGCGGCCCCGGCCUAUCGUUAGCCUUAUCUCUAAUAUGACGGCUCCUAACCCGCGCAAUAGGCUGCCAGCCGAAAGGGUAGACGAGAAGCUAUCUAAGCUUGGCGGCAUCUACCAGAUCUAUCACGCCGAAUGCUGUAAACGACCUAUAUCUUGGGUCGAGGAUAGGUGGGACAAAAAGUUUAUAGCCAUGGCCAGCCUAGAGGUUAAGCACGAGCAGCAGCGCAAAAGGAUUGUUGAGCUCGAGGGCAGGGACGAGAUGUACGAGGCCCGUCUUGAGAACGCCCGCAGGGCGCAUGACAACCACGUCACGAGGCUACAGGCGCUGCUAAGGGAGGCCGAGUACCAGCACCAGAGGCUAGAACUAGACAAAAAGGCGCCCCGGAAAGUGCCCCGGCCCGUUAUGUCAGGCGUGAAGGGCCCUAGCGGAGCCACCCCCGCUGGCUUAGGACUGGCUAAAUCGGGGCCAACGCCGGUGGUAAUGGGACCGCCGACGGAGCCAGCCAGACGGGUCUGGUCCCGCGGCUUAGGGUCGCGGCUGCCCUUGCCCGUAACGCCCAACCGGAGCGGGACGCCUGCCGUCGCCUAUGGCUUAAGCAUAACGGACAGCAGUGUGCCGCCGUCAGUCUUUUCGGGCCACAGCAUCGAGAAGAACGUCGACCUAGAACUCGAGGACGAAGACGUUUGGACGCCGAUAUCAUCGUUAGCCUCAGAACAAGGGCACGAGCAGAUUGUCGGGCUGCUGCUCGAGAAGGGAGUCGCUCCAGACUCUAGGAACAAGGACUCCAAAGACAAAGACUCCAGAGACACAAACUCUAAAAACAAAGACGGUUGGACACCGCUGUCGUUGGCCGCAGAGCAAGAGCACGAGGAGAUUGUCAGGCCGCUGCUCGGAAAAGGGGUAGACGGCCCUACAUCUUCGGACGAUCUCAAGGACAAAGAACCCAUGGGACGCAAAGAUGGAAAGAGGUCUUUGUUAGAUCGACGGAUCGACACGAUUGAGGUCGAUCGAGAAUUCGAUGCCCACGAGACGGAACUUGGCCUGCAGUUGAGUCUAGAGCUGUGCCAGCUCCAUAUGCAGCUACGGCGAAGGUUUAUGGAAAGGCUCUGGCAUUUCUAUCUCACAUCGGGCUGA